AUGACUCAUGUAUCAGGCUCCAAAUGGUCAAUAACUGCAUUGCCUGCCGAGCUACUGUAUUCAAUACAUCUAUGGGCACUCAAUCCUGCAUUCCCUCUGACGAACCGGUCGCUCUACGCCACCAUGAAAAAUGCACCACGGUCCAUCUCUGCUCGCUAUCUGUUCUAUCGACACGAGAACACCACAUUGGAUCUCGCCGGUCUCAUCUCCCAUGUCCUCAAGUAUCCACUCUGCACGCCCGACGUCUUUGAGCGAUUCCUAAUCAUCGUCCCCCGACCGUACCGUCAUCUGUACCCAAAUCCACGGCAGACAGUCAAUGCUCCUCCAGUUGUAGAGACACCAGUACGGCUAUUCCGGCUGCCCCGUCGACUAUUUCGCAGCCUGGAACCUGACAAGGACAAGAAUUCAAUCAAGGACGACGCAACGUUUACAUUUCUAGAAUCGCUAUACAAACUACCACCCGUCUCAUAUUCGGGGACGGAAAAGACCCAAGCACUGCUCCCCGACUCCAACUCACACGACGGCUAUCCGCUCAUCAAGGCCGUUCAAGCGAAGAAUAGGCGUCUAAUCAAUCUCUUGCUUGCACAUAAAGCAGACCCUUCACGGAACCAGAAAAUGGCCGUGUUACUCGCCAUACAGCAACGAGACCUUUCUCUUGUCAAGCUUCUCGUGGAAGGGACGCCUACAACCAGACGACAGAUCAGGUCUUCAAACGCUAGAAAGGGAGUUCAGAAGAAGACGGAUCUCGUUGUUGUUGAUAAUGUCAUGUUGGGAGUGGCCGUCAAAGAGGGUGCAACCGAGAUUGUAGAAUGGCUGGUCAAGGAAAAGGGAGUCGUACCAGAUAUCAAAACACUUCGUUCCAUGGAAUAA